AGCAUAUGGGUACCGGAACUCUGCAGUCAGUGAAAGCGGCAGGUGCAUAGGUGUGCACCUAUUAAUCCAAAAAAUACUACAUUUUCGUGUUAGUUCCUUGUAAUAGAAAUUGCCAAAGAUACUUCUUAUAGGACCAAAUGCCUGCAGUAAUCAAGAUUUUCAGCAAAUCUCUAAACAGGGGACUUUCAGGGAGGUUGAUAGGUGUGUGGAAUGGAUUCCGACAAAAAUGGAGUGGGCAAAGGGCCGGCCACUUCUAGGAAAUCCCGCAGGAAAACAAGUCGAAAACGACCUCAAUCUGCUCCAGCUGUCUCCAAGGCUACCUCAGGUGGAGGGGACCACCCGACUGGGGAUCGCUACCAUGCAACAAGUUUUCCCCUUUUCUCAGGCUCUUCAUCCCCACUACAGAAGGAGCAGAUGCACCAGGACAAAGACCUCAAACUUACUCAGGGUGAUGGGCAGAGCAAGAUAUUUCCAUUCCAGACGCUCCCAGAUUACUGCAAGCUAAAGGUCUUUUCGUUUCUUUCCAACAUUGAGAAAGCCAGAGUGUCUGUCAUAUGUCGGUCAUGGAGUGUAUUGAUGAAGACGCCGCGACUGUGGAAUCAUGUUUUGUUCUCAGCCCUUCCUCUCGGAUGCUUGGUAUCUGCUAGUCAUGAGGCAACUAACCAGUGCUACAAGUGUUAUAAGAACAGAGUGUUUCUAUUUGCAGAAUAUUUACUUCGCAUGCGACCCAUCCUUCACAGUUUCGAGUUCAAAUUAGACAUUGCCGAUGCCAAGGUGAAAUACCUUCAGUUGAUUGAGAAUGUUCUCCACAGUUCACAGUGCACUGAUCUCCAUUAUGCUGACAUCAACUGGAAGGAGACACCAGCUCUGCCCUUUUGGCUAGAGUCGGCCAGAUGGUCACAGAGUGAUGAAGUCAUACAGAACCAUCGUCACAGGCAGCGCUUGUUUGUUAAUUUCUUCAAUGAUUUCACACACAUGGCUCCCAACUUGCAGACUUUGAUUCUGCCCUUUGAUUGGUCUGAGAAUUCUGUGGAGUAUCUAAGUCGCUUGAAAACUUUACACAGUUUGGUGCUAGAGAAAUACUUUGUCUUUCAGAACCUCAAUCAAAAGUUGUUAUCACGCCUGCUGGAGAAUUUACCGAAGCUGUCUCGAUUGAUGCUGGAAGUGUGGACGCCGAGUGGACAGGGUCUUCUUACAUACACCCUAGCAUCAAAAUCAGUCAAGUAUCUUGACAUAUCACAAAGUCGGGGAUUUUAUGUCCAAAAAUUGAAAAUGCCCAAGCUGAAGAACUUCCGCGUAGCUCGUCAUCCAUGGAAUGGCCCUCUUGUGAUGGCGGAGAAUGUGAAUCUGCCGUGUCUGUACGAUGUGUUGCUGGGUGGAGCUCCGGAACUAGAGACUGUCAAUGAUCAUCGUCUGUCUGAAGGGUGGCAGGAGUGCAUGAGCAGUGAAUUUGAAGAUGUUCUGAAGACAGUCUGUUCAUGUCGUCGACACAAGAGUGGAUGGGCUUUGUAUUGAACAUUCAGUGUGUAUCCUUGUCUGUGUUAAUGUACGGUUAACAUUUUCAUGAAGUGCAAUGCAUUGGGAGCGGCAGAGGCUAGUUGGAAGAUGCAGGGUCCAGUGGUUUGAAGACAUUGAUACAACAUACUUUCAACAUCUUUACAGGAUUGUUAUAUUUAUAUCAACAACAUAAAAAAAGAUAAUUUUAUUGAUUUGUUUAUAUGAUCAAAUUAGGUUACAUUUACAAUCUUCCUUUUUGUAUUAUUGAAGAUAUAUACAUGUUAGAAGUAGAUUCCCCAUUAAUAUUAGAAGCUACAGAAACAUUUUCUUAAUAUUUGAAUAGUAUCAUAUUUUGAAACAAUGAUAGAAAAACAUUAUUGAUAGAUGUUUCUAAGAUAGGUAUUUUUGUAUGUGCAUAGUCUCAAUUGAGAAUCUACCAGCUUGAAAUUCAGGAUUUUCAUAUAUUCCUAUAUUUUAUGGAUCUGAGCUGUUUGUGUUUGGAUGCAUGAUGAAGUGUUUUGAUUGCAGUGAAAGUCUAGUUUGAUGAGUGUCAAAAUGGCAGUAGUUGAAUCGGGUCACACAGUCCUCACCUCCACAGGGCAUCUCAGUCAGGUUGCAUGUCAAACAAAGGUCAAUACAUUGCAUUGUUUGAAAUUAAGGGAGGUCCUGGGCACUUUGAGGUUUGCUCCUAAAGUAAGUGAACCUAGGGACUGCAUCAAUCUCAAGUAUUUAACAUUGGGGUUAUGACACGGAGUCCUUGACUUUCAUGCUUAAUUUUGUAAACUGCCCUGCAAUUGGAACUAACCUCGGUCACACAGUCCCUUAGCCAGAGCAUCUCAGUCAAACAAAGGUCAAUAUGCUGCAAUAGAAGCUAGCCUUGGUCACUUGUGCUUAUGAUGAUAUCAAAGGGGAAACCUUCCACAGUUGGGUACUUUCUACUAGUCUUCAGGGCACCAUAAACAUCUUGGUGCAGACUAUUGGUCCAGAGCAGGAUAGAAAUUACCACUUGCCUGAACCAUUUUUUUCCUAAGGGCUAGUAGAAUGUCAGAAGUUUUGUGGGGGUAAUGCUAUAUGUUGUCACUAUUUGGGCUAGUAGACGUUCUUGGUAAGUUUCCAUCCCUGAAGUGACAGUUUUUAAUGCUGUGAAUAUCCAGAAGCAGUACAGGACAUUGACCUCUGUCAGGUCAGAGUCAUUUGUUUCUAUCAUUGAGCAAGUCACAUUACUGGUGAAGAUUGUAAUGCACUGUGUAUCCAGGAUGGGUAUGAGAGAUUGCAAGGUGGGGACGAGUGACCACUUUCAACAACUGUUAGGCUAAGAAAAAAUCAGUCUUGUUCUCAGGCUUUCCAUCAGAAACGCCAUUUUUAGCUCACCUGACUGACAGUCAAGUGAGCUCAUGUCGUGGCACGUUGUCCGGUUGUUCUACAGUCCGUCGUAAACCUUUGGCAUUUUCGACAUCUCCGAUACUCCUAGGCCUGUGAAUUUCAAACUUUGUUUGAAUUAUCUUAGCUAUGGUGUUUCUAAAAAAUGCACAGAAUUUUGAUCCAAUUUUGAACAUGGCCAUCAUGGCAUCCAUAUUUAGAAACCUAUAAAUGGCCAUUAAUCAGCCAUCUUUUUUGCAGACUAUGUUGACAUUUGGCACAGGUGCAGUUAGUUGUGGGGUCUAAGAUGUGUUCCAUCUAUUUUUAUUAUCAUUGUUUCAUUAUGACUUUUGACUUAGAAUCGACCUUGUCAGCAUAAUAUUUGGUGUCACCAAAGUGAAAAUGCUGUCAUUAGGAAUAGAAAUUUUAGUAGGUACAAAAUUGGAAAACUCUUUCUUAGACUUCCCCACACACUAGCCUGCCAACAUUUUUCAUCAAGUUAUCUGCAUAAAUUUUGGAGCAAUGGCCCCCAAAAGUUUUUUUUGCAUAUGUUUGCCAUGAAAACCAAAGGUGCGUUUGAAUUAUUGAUGUUCAAGCAACAUUAAGGCCAGAGCUAGGGACAGCUUGUGACAGAUUCUUAUGUGACCCAGAGUAACACUGACACUGUUGAAAGACCUUUGCACUUUUACCAUGCUCUUACUUUUCUUCUCCUCUGGUACUGCUUGACUAAAGAAGAUGAAACUUGGCAUGCAGGAUCCUCAUAUCCAGUUUCACAAAAAGCUACACUUUGUGUGAAUAAUAAUGACCAUUACAAGUUCCAAGUUUGUUCAUGGCAUUACUAUGUGCACUCUUGCUGUGUAGUAAACGGUGUUGCAAAAUUUUCUUUAUUUUUUUUCUAUUUCGUUGAGUCUUUUGCUUCAGUUUGCCUCUAUUUCCCCAUACAUCUGUGUUCGAAAAAAGGUUCAAGUGUCACUUACUUAUUUGUUCAUAAGUCUGGUGAGCUAUAGAGACGUGUGGCUGUAUUGUUUGUACUGUAGAAAGUUCAAUACUUCUGGGGUUUGUAUACAUCAUGUUCUUCCAUUAGCUGUGGAAACAUGAUUCCUUCAGUAUUUCAUAACCAUUGCCUGAGAACCAAACAGGUUUUUUUUUAGCCUUGAUAUUUUACCCAGUGAGAGUAUUCCUAUUUGUGCAAUUGUCAUAUAUAGACCAAGCCAACCUCAGGCAUUUAUGCCAUUUGACAAGUCAUCAGAAAUGUGUUAUACAGUUCCAACUUGAUCCUUGUUAACUCAGUGUAUCGCCUGAAACAUUCUUUGUGUUCCUGGAAGAAUCCUUGUGUUUCAUGAUGGUUUAAUAUUGUCACGCUGCUUUUCCUAAACUAGGGAUGUUUGUUCAGCACUUGGGGUUAUCCAGCAACACUUGGGGUUAUCCAGCAACACUUGGGUUUAUCCUGCAACACUUGAGGUUAUCCAGCAACACAUGGGGUUAUCCAGCAACACUUGGAGUUAUCCAGCAACACUUGGGGUUAUCCAGCAACACUUGGGGUUAUCCUGCAACACUUGAGGUUAUCCAGCAACACUUGGAGUUAUCCUGCAACACUUGGGGUUAUCCAGCAACACUUGGGGUUAUCCAGCAACACUUGGUCUUAUCCAGCAACACUUGGUCUUAUCCAGCAACACUUGGGGUUAUCCAGCAACACUUGAGGUUAUCCAGGAUCACUUGGGGUUAUCCAGCAACACUUGGGGUUAUCCAGCAACACUUGGUCUUAUCCAGCAACACUUGGGGUUAUCCAGCAACACUUGGGGUUAUCCAGCAACACUUGAGGUUAUCCAGGAUCACUUGGGGUUAUCCAGAUCACUUGAGGUUAUCCAGGAUCACUUGGGGUUAUCCAGCAACACUUGGGGUGAUCCAGCAACACUUGGGGUUAUCCAGCAACACUUGAGGUUAUCCAGCAACACUUGGUCUUACCCAGCAACACUUGGGCUUAUCCAGCAACACUUCUGGUUAUCCAGCAACACUUGGGGUUAUCGAGGAUCACUUGGGGUUAUCGAGGAUCACUUGGGGUUAUCCAGCAACACUUGGGGUUAUCCAGCAACACUUGGGAUUAUCCAGCAACACUUGGGAUUAUCCGGCAACACUUGGGAUUAUCCAGCAACACUUGGGAUUAUCCAGCAACACUUGGAGUUAUCCAGCAACACUUGGGGUUAUCCAGGAUCACUUGGGGUUAUCCAGCUACACUCGGGGUUAUCUAACAACACUUGGGGUUAUCCAGCCCUGCCAAACUGGAAUAUUUCUGAAAGCAGCGUGAAUUAUUUGGAAUGCUAUGUGAAGAAAGUGCAUUAUAAUCGCUAAGGGGUACCUUGUUGCAGAUAUAUACUACUCAAAAGAAGAUAAGGAACACCUGAUGCUUUCAUAUAACUAUAGUUCAUCUGUCAUACCAUGAAUGUAAGAAUCUGGUGUUCUUCAACUUCUUUUGAGUAGUAUAUUUGACUAAAAUAUUAGCUCGUGAAAUGUUAAAAAAGGUGUUAAAGUGUAAGUGCAUACAUACUGUUUCUCAUGGGUUAACUGUCCAAUGCUGGUUGGAGGAUGAUAUGAUGAUGGCUGAAUGCCCCCUUGGGGACCGAUCAUUUGAUAUUCCAUGGGGGGAGGGUGCCCCUGGAUUUUGUAUGGAGACUAGAUAUUUUUCAGCUACAGGGGGAGAGGGUGCCCCUGGAUUUUGUAUGGAGACUAGAUAUUUUUCAGCUACGGGGGGAGGGUGCCCCUGGAUUUUGUAUGGAGACUAGAUAUUUUUCAGCUACGGGGGGGAGGGUGCCCCUGGAUUUUGUAUGGAGACUAGAAAUUUUUCAGCUACAUCCUCAAAACCAGAUAUUUUUUUCAAACUAUGAGCCUAAAUAUUUAUUUAUAAAAAAACCCUUUGCAACAAUGUAUUUUUUGUGGCUUGCAAUCUAUCCCACCUCCACUCCCUGAAUAUCAAAUAGUCGGUCCCUUAGCCUUAAGUCAGCUUGAGGUACGAUUGUGAUACUGCAGAAUUACACAAAUUUGUGAUAAUGAGGAAUGUAGGUUUAUAGUUUUUGUAACAAUUUUUAUGAGCAUAUCGUGUUGAGUUAGAACAAGCGUGAAGGCUAACCUUGUCCCAGCUAUCCCAUUAUUCUUCAUACAUAACUAUCACGACCAUGCAAGAUUUACAUAGAAACAUCACGGCAUGUGAUGGUGUCCGUUUAUUACCUUUGAUACCUUGGCAGCAGUUUCAUCUUCAUAGAGAUUAUAUCACGGUCACACUGUAGGAAUUUCUAACAGCCUGCUAGCUUGUGGGUGGUGAUCUUUCAGAGGGCUGCUAGAAGUAGUUGAAAGCCACAAGCAUAAGACUAGUUGCUUCACUCGGAAACUAGGUUUUACUUUUCAUUAGUUCUAGUUGGGUAGAAACAUAAACCAUGGUAACUGAAAAAUGUACAUUUAGAUCUGUUUGUGAUUGUUGCCCCCUAAGAUUAGCUUCUAAAGAUUAAUGUGGACAUUUCAGAAUGACACAUUAAGACACUAAAGGGAGGUAAUACUCACUGCAAUGUGCUGAAAACAACUUCAACCCUUUGUAGUCUGAAGUAAAACUGAACUGUUUUGAGUUGUUGAUUCACACGUGACACAACCAUAACAGGUAGCAUUUAUGACUAGCCAUUUGGUUCUUUUCCGAAUUUGUCCUCAAACAGAAUGACACAUUAGGACACUAAAGGGAGGUAAUACUCACUGCAAUGUGUUGAAAACAGCUUCAAAACUUUGUAGUCUGACUCUGAAGUAACACUGAACUGUUUUGAGUGACACAACCAUAACAGGUAGCAUUUAUAAAUAGCCAUUUGAUUCUUUUCCAAAUUUGUCCUCAAACCGUACUGUCAGCCACUCACUUCAUUGACAGACUGCUAGAUACCUACUUAGGAAAACAUUGACAUGUUAGAAAAUCUGACAUGGAUUUGGCAAAGUUAGUCUUUUUUGACUUAUGAAUACUUAGAAUAUUUAGAAACAAUGUUUGUUAUGUGUACUACUUAAUUUAUUAUCUUUGUUUGGUUGUGUUAGUGUCUGCUGUUCCAUAUAUGUAAUGUUGAUGUAAUUUCUUCUGUCCUUUUAUUACUCUUGUUUAUCUAGCUUAGCUAGAAUGAUUUCUUUCUUCUUUGAGAUAUUCGGUUAUAAUGUCGGUUCAAAACUGACCAACCACAAUUUAGCUGAUGCGGAUGCUAUCUUCAGAUAUUGAGUGAAUACCACAAUCUGCAUGAGGCUGGAGAAAGAUGUUUGUGGUUCAGAUUACAAGGGAGUCAGACGUAACCAUGGCAACAUUUGUUGGAAACCAGUUAUCCUGAAGAUUGGAUAUGCAUGUGUAAUUUUUAGAUGAAAUCUAGUCGAAAUUGAGCACAAGAUUUUUGCAUACAUGUAUUUAGAAAAAGAAAACCAUACCAGUAAGAUUUUCAUUAUGAAUUAAAAAUAUAUACCAUAUUUCCUUGAUUAGGAGCCUCAUGGGCCUCAAAUAAAUAAACUCUGGAAUCUUGAGUAGACACCAGGCUUCAAUGAAAAGCCAGGUAGGUUUUUAUGCACAAUAUCCUCUCUCCCUCCUUCCCCCCAUUAUUAUUUUUUGGGGAUUAGAUGCAGGGUGUAAAGUGUCUGAAAGAAAUAAAUGCUAGGCAUUUAAUCAAGGAAAUACAGCCGUUUAUAACAAAUAAUUGUUUUGUCUGUUACCCAAACUACACGAUCUGUUUUAACAAUCAGUAGGUACAGGAAUUAUGUUUUCUUCAUACAUGAUACAUUGCAAAUGUCGGUGUGUAUUCAUUUUGUGCAAAAAGUGUGCAAGAUUAUGACUUCUGUUUAUUGACCGACUAGAUGAUUUUCUCGGGUAAUCUGAACCCGAAUCCAUUUUUCUUGCGCCUCAUGUUAUAGACUAUACUUCUCCACAUGUUAGAGGUGAUGUUUUCUGAAGGCUCUCUUAGAGUGGCCAGCAUAUCAUUGUUUGUCAGUGAUGUUCAUCACUGAAGGUCAACAAUCAGGGACUCAUUUCACCAAGCCGUCAUAGCACUACAGCUGAUUUGUAUACUGUAUCAUUGACUUACAAGCUACUUACGAGUAAUGUCUACCCAACACACUUGGAUCUGUACAUCAUGAGUUCUAUAUGUCAUAAGUGUUCUGUAACAACGUCAGACUGAUGGUAUUUCUUGAUCAGUUACCCUAUUUUUCUGUAGAACAGGUUCAGAUUCUGGUUAUAGGAUUUGAUUCUUUCAACCCCCUAGAUGUAAGAGUCCUAAUCAUGUUCAUGCCUAAAGCAAGAGCUUUCUCCUUCAGACGAAAUGAAACAAACAUAUUCGACAAGUCAUUUCAAAAAUAAUGUUCUGAAUAUUACAGAGACUGUUUGGCUUAGAAAAUCUUUAAAAUGAGAAUUAUUAAUUGUCUGACUUAAAGAGGCACACUAGUCCUGAGCUAAGAUCAUUUUGUGCACAUGGCCCAGGCAGCUUCAUGAACUGUGUGUUCCACUGCAGUGCAGAAUUCCUGGGUGUGACUCCACAACAUGUCAAGUUGAUCCAUCCUAUUGUCCCAUGACUUAGUGACCAAAAUAGGCAGCUCUGAAUUAUAAGAACAGAAUCAGACCUAUGCAAGUCUGUUGCAAAUAACAUGACCACUAUUGGUCAGGACCUCGUUCCACGAAAUGAUGUGUGUGCUGUGACUAUCAUAAUUCCCUAUGUAACCUAGGAUUACCGUUGUCUUGGCGCUAAGAUCACUUUGUGAAGGUGGGCCACGGUAGACGUGUUUGGUAGUGUGUAAGAUGAUGAUAAAACAACAUUAUUAUGAUUAAUCUAUGCUUGCAUCGGUGUACAAACAAACAGGUUAUGACCGAGGUCAUUUCAUUUGUAUGUUCUUUUUCAUGAUUGUUUUGUGAGACUUAUCUCACUAAUGAGGACCAUGGGAGUUGACUUAUUAAUUCAUGACACAAUCCAAGUUGAUGAUACAGCUGUUCUUCAGGAAUGCCUUGCAAAGCUUUCAUAAAGACUGUUUUGUGUACUGUAUCCCCCUUGGAAUUGGAACAUUGAAGACAAGAUGUGUCGAAUUGUGCACAAGAUGUGCACAUCUGGUGUGUUCUGAUUUUGAGGGGGUUGGAGAACUUUAUAUGCCAAAUUUUGUACAUAUACACGUAGUUUGAUAGUCAGACCAAGAGCUGUCUAAGACAGUACAUGGAUGUAUUUGUUAUCAUCAUGAUAACAGUCAUGUCUGCAACGAUGAACAUAGAUUUAUAAUAUAUGGUCAAUAUUUAUGUUACAAUUUGUUGAAAAUGACUACAAAUGGCAUCAGUUGUUGAGUAAUUUUUUCUAAUAUAGAUUUGUUUCUCCAUAUUUCCUGGCAACAUAGUGAAGUUUGAUGCUGUUCGCACUGCGAUCAGUUGAGUAUUUGUGAUGGAGAAACAGUAUUCAUAUGCUAGGAGCCUUAGAAAUUCAUUGUUUAAAGACUAUUCCAGAGGUCUUGUGGAAACUCUGUUUCACCAGUCCUCAGUUUGUAGCUAGUCUUGCUUGAACGAGACAAAAAUGUUAGUUUACAUUUUAUGUCAGUUAUAUUCAGUUCCAAUUUGUACCGAAAUUGAAUAAUUGAGGACUGGUUCAGAAUCAUAGCCCUCAAAUGCUACUAGUCAAUGAGGACUACCAUCAUUGGGCUUUACGUCCUCAGCGCAGUUAAGUAGUCUCGGGAUAGUGGAUUAGCAUGAAUUUCGAAGGCUGUGCUGUUCUUUCCGACCAAUUUUCAUGACAUGGUUCAUUCACAGCAAAUACAGUGAAACCUUAUUAACUCGAACUUUGGCAACCUGAUAUAUUAUUUGAUGAAGAACUUCACUGAAUCCUUUAAUGGUUACUUAUUGGGAUAGGUAAUAUGUUUCACUGGUCCAAGAAACAUUGUUGUUUUGUCUCAUGUGCUGAAGUAUCCAUUCUUCAUAAGGUCGGCUGUUUUAAAGGUUUAGCGUCUUGUUUUGGCCUACAAUUCUGCUUUGAGAUUUGAUAUGAUAUUCAUGGAACAGAAUUUUUCAAGUUAAAUGAACAUGUAUGAGUGAAAUACAUGAUAGUUAUAGAUAACUGUUUGGUACAGAUGUUCAAUACAGUAAUUAAUGAGUUGUAUGGUAGAACUUCAAAUAGAGAGAUAGUUGCUGACCUUGAAAAAUACAGCAACACCUUUUCUGUGCAAUAUGGGUCCAUUUGACUGUUCAUCAUCACCUCACUCUGAAGAUGAAGGUGUUUUUUUCAUAUUCAGAAGCAAAAAUGCUCCAUGACGUGCGUGAUACUG